UUGACAACUUAUUAGUUUAUGGAAAAUGAUGGCAAAUGGAAAAUGGAAAAUAUUUAAUCAAUAAUGAAACGAAAUAAUAUUUUCUUUAACAAUACCACUUAUCAACGAACAUAUUCAAGUAAAUACGUUUAUACUCAACACUUAUUUGAACAUGUUGCCCUUAUUUUCCUCAUAUAUACAAUUUCCAGUAGAUUUUUUCCUUGAGAACUUCACUUUUUUAAAUUAAAUCAUAUGUUCUUUUUUAUAUUGAUGUAAACAUUUUUCGAGAUAAAACUCGAAAUGAGAAUAGCAUUUAGAAAUAAAAAAAACUCAAAAUAUUUCGAUGAAAUUUGUCGAAAAUAUGAAUUUUUUUAAAGUAAACAUGUCAAAAAUCGUAUAUUUUGAAAAAAAAUUCAUAUAUCGAUCUCGAAAAGAUUUUAUCGAAAAAUUCUCAAUGUUAUUUUUUCUAAAUAUAACGUCUCAUUGGACAUUUUUAUCUGAACAAUUUUUCACGUCAAUUAUUUCAUAUUAUUAUUUAGAAGAAAAUAAAAUAAUUCGACUCAUUUCAUUCUAUGAUAACAUACUAAUAUUCAACUGACAUCAAUUUAUUUCUAUCUAAUAGCUAGUAGGAUUUACAUAAAUAAUUAGUUUAUCACUAUUAAAUAUACGUCUAGAUAAGUAUUAUAUUUGGUAACGAAUUUAAGUUGUUUUUCUAUAUUAUUUUAAAUAGAUUCUCUCUAUUACUCUUUAGUUUAUCUUCAAAAUAAUAGUUUUUAUCAACUCUAAUCAUAUAUAUUAUUAUUAUUAUACAUUAAUAUUUUUAAUUCUUAAUUGAUUAGUCUAAUGGACAUAAACAAGUCGAGUUCGUCAAAUUUAAUAAUAUAUUGUUGAUAUGAGAAUAAUUAGUUGAUUAUUCAUUGAAAGAAAAGUUCGAUCGUAUAUUUGAAUAGAUCUUGCUUGAAUCAUUUAUAGAUUGUAAUAAUCAUGUUUAAAUAUCGAUAUAAAAUAUAAUCAUAUAAUCAUUUAUAGGAAUUUGACUUUAAUUAACUAUUGAAAACGUUUUUUCAUAUUUCAUAUUUCAUAUUUCAAUGACAAAUAUAUUUUUAUUUAGAAUUUAUUUUUAUUUUUAUUUUGUUUUUCAUUGGUUAUUUUAGUCUACUGAUCGUCAAUUAAAUGAUGGAAAAUCUUUAUCAAAACGUUCUCAAAGUCUACCACGGGAAGAUAAAAAAAUUGUAAAAGAUCCUCUUUAUAUAAAUGAAACUGAAACAACAAAUCUAGAAAACAAUGAAACACAACAAUGA